GUUCUUGCACACACCAGCAUGAGCCGACUCAUGCUCCGUGCCAUCGCGCUGCCUCUACUACUCAGCACGUCGCUCAUGGCGGCGACUUGCCCAUAUACGGCCUACACGUCGUCGUACUCGGCAGCCUAUUGCGGACCUUCGGCGUCGUACUGCAUCGUCGACAACCAAUGCGCGGUACUCAAGGCGCUGUCACCGACGAGCCCCAGCAAGCCUGAAUUAUUUCUCAUCACUGAGUCGGCGUCGUACUUGGCCGAGCUGCCGGCGGGAGCCACCUCUGUCUCAUUUGAUGGCACACGGAUCCAGACCGUCGGCAACCUCUCGUCCUAUCACAGCCUCACCUUUUUGGGAAUCACCAACAACCCGAACCUCAACAUUGCAUCAGCGAUCUUCCCGCCCAACGUCAACAGCUUAAUGAUUACGUACUCGAACGUGACGCAACUGCCGCCGGCCUUCCCACCGCUCGCUCAACUACAGCUGCAAAACAACAACUUGACGAGCAUCCACGACCUCAACCUCAGCACCCUCUCGUACCUGGAUCUUUCGGGCAACCCGCUGCACGACCUCCACAACGUUUCGUUUCGCACAAAGCUCGAAUUCUCGUUGGCGGGCAUUGAGUUGACGACUUUUCUCAUCGACAAGGCAACGCUCAAGGCGAUCGAAGCAACCGGCAGCUAUUUCUCGCCAAAGAGCAUCGACGUGAGCUCAUCCUGUGUGGCGCCCAAUACACUGCAGACGCUUUGGAACACGGUCAAGAACUUCACCGUGUGCACCUACCCCGGACCAGCCGCGACGACCAUUGUGCCGGCGACACUGCCACCAAACCCGACGUCCUUGUCCGCGGCAGCGAUCGGAGGUAUCGUUGCCGGCGGUGUCGUGGGCGUGCUUGUACUUGGCCUCAUUGCUCUCUACGUUGUCCGUGCCCGCCGUCGCGAUGACAAACUGAUGGGACGUCGACCGCCGCUCACAACGACAGCCAACACCCAAGACACGGGAUCGAUGGACCCUUCGGGACGCCAGCCGCACGACCUCAGUGCUCUCUUUGGCGCACGGCUCGACGAGGACGACCUCGUUCGCUCGACGUUCCUGGCUGAAGGCGCGUACGGGCAAGUGUGGCGUGGCUCCUACAAAGGCAGCGACGUAGCCAUCAAGUGCUUGCUACCGGGAAAAAGUAGCCACGUGGCGCUCGGCCACCUCAUUGACGAGAUCCAGCUGACGUUCCAGAUGAACAGCCCGUACAUCACCAAGACCCUUGGCGCCAGCUGGCGCGUUCCGUCCGAGCUGCAGAUGGUUCUCGAGUACAUGGACCGUGGCGACCUCAAGAGUGUGCUCGAGACGACCAAAGCAUCGCCCGACACGCUCUUCCCGUGGGAUGAGAAGGUCGGAGCCAUGUUGGCCAUCGCAGAAGGCCUUGUCUACCUCCACUCGCUCGAUAUUAUCCACCGGGAUCUCAAGUCCCGCAACAUCCUUCUCGAUACUGUCAAGGGUUGCAAGCUCACCGACUUUGGCACGUCGCGCGAGGUCACGACCGCGACCAUGACAGUCGGCGUCGGCACGUACCGCUGGAUGGCGCCCGAGAUUCUCCAAGAAAACCACUACACGACCGCGGCCGACAUGUACUCGUUUGGUAUGGUAGUCUCGGAACUCAGCACGCACCAUAUUCCGUACGCGGACCUCCGCAAUGACAAGGGAAACGCGCUGGUGGACACGGCCAUCAUGAGCCGUGUGAUCCAAGGCACGAUCCAGCCGACAAUUGGCGAGAGCUGCCCGUCGUGGAUCCAGGCGCUGGCCACAGCAUGCUUGGCGCAUGCACCCGAAGAUCGACCAAGUGCUUUGAAAGUCGCACACUGCGUCCGCCAACACGUGCAGACAGCAUUGUAACUCGAUACAUUGAUACAAAAUCCGUGGUUCACUGGA